AUGAAGACGGGCGGCACGUUUCAGGAGAUCGUGGCGGUGGCGGUGUCGCUGGGGGGCCUGUGGGCGCUGCUCCUGGCGCAGCAGUUCCCGCCCGCCGUGAACCAAGUCCUCCUCAUCGUACGACGCCACCCCGCUCCCCGCAUCCCCGCCGCACCACAUGCCUCCGCCCUUCUCCUGCCGGUGUACGCGUUUGUGACGCUGGGGUGCUACGCGGUGGGCGCGCUGGGGUACGGGCUCAUGCGCUUCCCCACCUGCCCGCACGAGGGCGCGCUGCUGCGCCAGGUGACUUUGGCGGGUGUGACUGUAGCGAGGGCUGUUGUGUGGCUGCAGUGUAGUGAUUGUGGUGGGGGCUGUUGUGUAGCAGGACUGGUGGUGUAUGGGCAAUGGCAGGGACAUGAGGGGAUGGCGCACAGUGACAAGGAUGGCAGGGCGACCUCAGUGCUUUGGAAUCAGCACACGUGCGGUGGGAGGGAGGGGCGUAAGGGCGUCAUGCUCAUAUCGAUACCGACUGCUGCUACUGCUUACAUCUGA